UUGAGCAAGACAGCCUUGCGAGAAAAAAACAGUUUGUUUGAAUAUUAACUUUCAAAUGUGAGCUAAACGGAACCAAGAGAGGCCUUUUUUCCUGCCACCGGACCCUUUAUGUGGCGCACUGCUUGGUUAGAAGCUAACUUUCAAUCACGUGUGUUCACCCAUGAAACAAACUUUAUUCCGCGCAGACUGAGAUGUACACUUCUGUCAGAUUUCGUUUCAGGUUAAAUUAACAAGUCGUUCGGAAGUGGAUUUUUAUUUGUUUCUUCAUUCAACAUGAAUAUUUCAUUUGAAGGAAAACGAGCUCUGGUCACUGGAGCAGGAAAAGGAAUUGGAAGGGCCACAGCUCUGGCUCUUGCAAAAUGUGGGGCAAAGGUCACAUCAGUCACACGUACACAGUCAGACCUGGACAGUCUGGUGCAGGAGUGUCCAUCCAUCAUCCCUGUGUGUGUGGACUUGGCAGACUGGGGUGCCACAGAGGCGGCCCUCAAGAACGUGGGCCCAAUUGAUCUGCUCGUCAAUAAUGCUGCUCAUGCCAACCUGCAGCCAUUUCUUGAAGUCACACCGGAGCAGUUUGACCAGUCUAUCAAUGUGAAUGUGAAAGCUGUGCUGCAUGUGUCCCAGAUUGUGGCUGCUGGGAUGAAGGGCAGAGGAUCAGGAGGCGCCAUUGUCAACGUGUCAAGCCAGGCAUCUCAAUGUGCCCUCAGAAACCACACUGUCUACUGUGCCAGUAAAGGAGCGCUGGACAUGUUGACAAAAGUCAUGGCUCUGGAGUUGGGAGCUCAUCAGAUCCGAGUGAACAGUGUGAACCCCACUGUGGUGAUGACGGAAAUGGGACGCUCAGGUUGGAGUGACCCAGAAAAAGCCAAAACCAUGACAUCCCGUAUCCCGCUCGGCCGCUUUGCAGAGGUUGAUGAAGUAGUGAACAGCAUUUUGUUCCUGCUGAGUGAUAAGAGCUCAAUGACUAAUGGAGUGACUCUUCCAGUUGAUGGAGGCUUCCUGGCCUGUUAAACGAGCACCAUAGGUAACAAUCUAUAUCUAACAUAGAUACACACUGAGACGAGGAACAGAUCCAGUCUUUACUGUAACUUGAAGACUGGUACACCAAACCAAUCACACACACUAUGGAUGGCAGUAGUGGUUACAUUGAGUCUGAUAUAAUUAUGUACAGGAUGUGAAUACACCACACAUCACAUUAGACAGCUGGUCCCAGAGCCUCAGGGGCACGUCAGGUUCAUUCCCACAAAUGUAUCUUGAUUAUGAAGGAUAAAAGAAAGCAUCCAUGUCCAAGUUUGACAGUUUUAUGGUCAAAACACUGAAUUUAAACACAUUUCGUACAGUAUAUAAUGGCAUUGAUUGCCACAAACUAUCGUCGUUUUGCUUCCAACAAGUCAAAUUACUUCAACUUGCCUGCAGGUUUCUGCACAUAGAGCAGGAAUUAGUACCGUAACACCUGUUGUGCGUGUGCAUGAACUUUAAGUUUAAAUAACGUUAUGUUUCAUAAUCACCUCGUGUUAACAGUGGACAUGGUUGGUAAUGCCGUGUCUGUUCCACCACACAAUGUCAUUUCCAUCACAAAAUAUAUUUUUACAUUAAAUUUUAAUUGACAGAA